UCUCGUUUUAUAUUGUUAACGUUACCUCAAAUUUGUUUAAAAUUUGCAGUUUUUGUUUUACCCAAGCUUUACAAAAUUUUACAAUUGUAGACUACUACCAAAUUUACGCUUUUAAAAAUGGCACACACAUUGUUAUCAUCCACAACUCCAACAACCGUAUUUCCUCCCCUCAUUCUUGUUCGGCAAAAGGAAAUUUUACGAUCAUGGCCCACGAUCAGCAAAUAAGCGUUCCCUUAUUGGAAGAAUCAACAGCGAUAUUACAAUCUCAUGACGGCGACGACGAUCAAAAUUCAGAGGAUCUUGUAAGACGAGUGUGGAUUGAAUCGAAGAAGCUAUGGUAUAUCGUGGGCCCUGCAAUCUUAAGCAGAGUGAGCACCCACUCCGUCAUGGUAACCUCCCAAGCCUUCGCCGGCCACUUGGGUGACCUUGAUCUUGCCGCCAUUUCCAUCGCCCUUAACGUCAUCAUCGGUUUUGAUUUGGGACUAAUGGUACCAAACCAAACAUUCAACAUUCAGUUUUCAACUUUUCGAGUUAAUUCUUCCCCUGUUAAAACUAUACUCUGUUUUCUUUUUUUUUUGUGCCUCAAAUGAGAUGGGUAUGGCAAGCGCAUUAGAGACACUAUGUGGGCAAGCAUAUGGGGCGAAGAAGCACUACAUGCUGGGAGUUUAUUUGCAGCGCUCAUGGAUGGUUCUGUUCAUGUGCUGCGUUUUACUGUUGCCGGUGUUCAUAUUCGCAUCGCCGAUUCUGAAGGCGAUAGGGGAGGGUGAUGAGUUGGCGGAACUAGCGGGGGGUUUAGCCAGAUGGCUAAUUCCGUUGCAUUUUAGCUUUGCGUUUUAUUUUCCAUUGCAGAGAUUCCUGCAGAGUCAAGUGAAGGCGAGGGCGAUUAUGUGGGUAGCGGUGGUGGGGCUUGUAGUGCACGUGGCAGCGAGUUGGGUGUUUGUGGGUUUGUUGAAAAUGGGAGUAGUGGGGAUAGCGGUGGCAUGUGAUAUUUCUUGGUGGGUUCUGCCGAUUGGGCUGAUGGGUUAUAGCGCCGGCGGUGGCUGUCCUAACACUUGGACUGGAUUCUCACUCGAAGCCCUUUCUGGUCUUUGGGAUUUUCUUAAGCUCUCUGCUGCUUCUGGGGUUAUGCUAUGGUCUCUGCCUCUAAUCUAA